CUUCGAGAAACAUAUCACACCCCAUCAUUCUCCUCCCAGCUCCGGACGUCCGACCACCACUCUCUUCAUUUUGUUCUCAAACCAACAAGCCCGUCAGCAGACCGAGUCCACUCAAUACACUCUCCUCGCCCCGUCUGAUUUAACAAGCACGCAUCAUGUCCUCUGCCAGUGCAAUCCCCGUCGCAACAUGGGUCCCGACGCCGAGCCUCGCCCCCAUGGUUCAGGCCAACGAUCCCCGCUGCAACUCCUACCCACCUCCCUACACGGUCGAUCGCGUAACACCAAAGUGGGAGGGCUCGUACGAUGGAGUGAUCUGCACGACGUACAACACCUCAUACACCUUCCCGUGCUGCCAGCACCUGGGCGGCGAGGCGCGCACAUGGUGCGGCCGCGUGCAGUGUCUGCUUGAGGGAACGAGAAUCGACGAUUGGAGCACGUGCGUCGGCCAACUUAUGGCCGAGACUGGCGGCCAAGCAGUCGGGCUCGCUUGUGAUCGGCCCAACCUCCAGGGAAGCGCAAGCGGUGCCAUGUUCAAUGCAAAGGUUGGAGCUGCGAGUCUGGUCGUGCUCGCGACAGCGACGCUGACGUUCCAGUGGGGGUAAGCCAGGCGGCAGCGCACAUAUUGCGUUUGAAUCCGAUACUGGCAUUGGCUAGCUCGAGGAAAGUGUUCCUUUUUGUACUGAUUUUGAUUGCUCGGCUUGUUAGGAGAAUGUUU